AUGAAAAAGCUUCGAAAUCUGAUCAAAGGGGAAAGCCCCGCGCCUUCUGAGGCCGAAUCUGAACAACCCAGUCACGCGGUGGCCUCGAUCGAACCGACAGAAGAUUUCGCCGCACCGUCCUCUUUUCCAGAAGGAAUCAAAAUUCUACAUGACUGCCAAGAUGCAACCGUUGACAUUUGUUUUAUUCACGGCUUAACUGGAGACCGAGAGAACACUUGGACCGCCGACGGGCAGUCUGCACCAUGGCCACGCACCCUUCUUCCACCAAAGCUCACCACGGCUCGUAUCAUGACCUACGGCUACGACGCCUAUGUAGUCCGCAAGUCAGUUGCUGGAACCGAACGACUGAUUGAUCAUGCUACGAAUCUUGUCCAUGAUCUGACUGCCGAGCGAGCAGAGCAUAAUGCGUCAUCUCGUCCACUCAUUUUCGUCACUCACAGCCUGGGCGGUCUGGUCUGCAAGAAAGCUAUACUGUCCUCACGUCACAAUCCCGAAGCUCACCUUCGGAGCAUCUUCAGUUGUACUAAAGGGAUAAUUUUCCUGGGGACCCCCCAUAAAGGGUCGUGGAUGGCGGACUGGGGCAAGAUUUCAGCUAAAGCUCUUGGUGUUGUCAAGUCCACUAACAAGUCACUUCUCGACAUCCUCCAGACUAAGAACCAACUACUUGAGGCCAUUCAAGUUGAUUUUUGGUCCAUGAUCCGGGAGCAGCGAGAGGGUGGUCGAUUAAUUGAGGUCACCUGUUUCUAUGAAACAUUGCCCUUAUCCAUAGUUGACAGGGUUGUUGUGUCCAAGGAGUCGGCUGCCCUUGAAGGCUACAAUUCAAUUGGCAUUCGAGCGAAUCAUCGCAACAUGGUCAAGUUCGAUACCUCUGAUGACAAUGGGUACAAAAGGAUUCUUGGGGAACUGGUCAGAUGGGAACGGGACACAAGGUGA